GCCGAUAUCUAUGUUCCCGAAUACUUGCGAAAAAUACAAAAACAGCCUCAUAAGUUAACGCCGUAUCCGGCGACUGUGGACCUUCCUUCUCGUGCCUAUGUCAAAUCUUUCUUGCCCUCCGUCUUGGUCGACUCGCUCUGCGCAUCGCGCACGAAAACGCUACUGGCGGACCCGCCUCCUUCCAACGAUUCCUCCCAUCUCAGCCUCGAAGAGUACCACGCACAUUGGAAAGCCGUCCUGGGAUGGGAGCUCGACACGCUCGCGCGGGAUAAGCAAGAAGUGACCCUGUGGCAGUUGCCGCUAUUCGUCGCGAACUGGACGAACGCGGAAUUCCGCCUGAACGUGCCGCAUAUUCGGGAGAGCUACCCGCGCCUGGAGCUGGGUGAUCUAGUGCAUAUGCGCGAGGUGCUGAAGGAGAAGCAAGCAGGGAGUGGGAUUGCGUAUGAGGGGAGAAUUGUAGCGCUGAGGAAGCGGGAGGGAUUCGUGCACAUCGCCUGUCCAGCCCUCAAGCGGCACAUUCAGACUCACAUAACGCCCACCCACUCCACCGGCGUCGAAGAUGGCUGGCGCAUCUUCGGUCCGGAGGAUGUCCUGGGCCUGUACUUCAAUGUCUCAUUCAUCAUCAACGCUCGACCGUUAUUCUUGAUGGAGACUGCAGCGGAGACGAUUGGUGGCGAGUUGGCACUGGGGAAUGAUGCGGGGAGCGAAUUAGGUUCGAAAGCGAAGGGAUCCAAAAGCUAUGCAGUCGCUGCACAGAGAAGCGAGGCGGGCUCUAUGGAAGACCAAUCAGGACCUACGCACGACUGGCCGAACUUUGCGAGGCGAUGGUUGUUCCCAGAGCCGACGGACUUGGCUUCGACGUGCUCAAUAUCGUUUCCGAGGCCGAAGACGAUCACUGCCGAUGAGUACGUGGACCAAGGGCUGAAUGAGGAGCAAAAGAUCGCCGCGUCCUCCAUCGCCACGCACCAAUUCUCCGUGCCCUACCUCAUCAGCGGGCCCCCUGGCACCGGCAAGACGCGCACCCUCGUCGAAUGCGUCCUCCAGAUCCUCCGCCUCCAGCCCGAGGCGUGCAUCCUGCUGUGCGCGCCAUCGAACCCGGCUACUGACACGCUUGUCAUGCGCCUGCGGCACUUCCUGAAGCCAAGCGAGAUGCUGCGGCUGAAUGACCAGUAUAGGACGUUUGCGGAGGUGCCGGUGGAGAUUUUCUCGUAUUGUCGGAUCGAGAAUGAGAAGUUCGCCAUCCCGCCCUGGCCCGAGCUAAUGAAGUUCCGAGUGGUGGUCACGACCUGCUACGACGCGAGCAUUCUGGUGAACGCGCAGUGCACGAACACAGCACUGGCAAAGCUGGAGCAUUAUGUGAUGUCGGCGCUGCACCCGACAAAGGAGGUGUCGCGGGGCGUCGUGCCGCAUUGGACGCAUCUGUUGAUUGACGAGGCUGCACAGGGCUCCGAACCCGAGCUCUUAAUCCCGAUCUCAGUCGUUGUACCGAGGCAGCAGGACCACCCGGACAUCAAGCCGGAGUCGAAUUUCUUAUUUACGCCGCAGUUGGUCCUUUGUGGGGAUUGUCAUCAGCUGGGCCCCAUCGUCGCCUCCUCCCGCGCCCGCUCCUCCGAGCUCGACGUGUCCCUCCUCGAGCGCCUCUUCCUCCGCCCACUAUACGCCGAGCACCCGCUCUCCCGUGGCGAGUUGGACUUCCUGAAGAAGAACUACCGCAGCCACCCCGUGAUACUGAUGCCGCCCUCGGCAAUGAUCUACAACGACACGCUCGAGCCGUGCGCGCAAAACGGGACCGUGGCGUGGGCGGGGCUGCCACAGAGGCAUAUACCGCUACUGUUCAUUGGCCACGAGGGGUACGAAGAUUGUGUGGACGAGAGGUCAUCCUGGUUCAAUUCUGGGGACAUUCAGCACGUGGUAGAUACAGUGAAGUCGCUGAUGGCGGACUCGGUGCGGAGUGUGCCGCCGCUGCAGCAGAGGGAGAUCGGUGUGAUGGCACCGUGGAGGGAACAGGUGUGGAAGAUACGCGAGAGGCUGCGGAAGGAGAACCUGCAUGCAGUGGACGUGGGUACCGUGGAAGAUUACCAAGGCAGGGAGAGUCGAGUGUGCAUCAUUUCGUGCGUACGGUCCAGGACACGGUUUCUGGCGGAGGAUCAGAAGAAGGGGCUGGGAUUGGUGUUUGAAAGGAAACGCAUGAAUGUUGCGCUUACUCGCGCGAAGGAGUUGUUGGUCGUCGUCGGGAAUGGGAAUCUGCUCAAGCGCGAUCCCUAUUGGAAGAGCUUUCUGCAGUUCGUGCUGCGACACGACUUGUACAUGGGGCCUCAGCUAGAUCUUGAGGCUGAUGGCAACUACAUCUCGAGGCUUGAAUCCAAGUACUUCUCGAUGGACGAAGAAGACGAAGACGCUCGUGGGCUGAGGAUCGCAGGAGAGCUGGCGAGGGAGAUCCUUAGGGAUGCGGAUGAGGAGAUUUGAUAGGCAGAAGAGUGAUAAGUAUGUGGUGUAUGCUGUACAAGUGAGAAUAGG